AUGCACGACUACACGGGUUUCGCUCGUGCUGUCGCUAUCUAUAGCCUAUCGUCGACUGGGAUGAUGCUGAGCAAUAAGCUUGCAGUUGUAGCACUCCCGCUGCCAUGCACCCUGGUGUUGAUGCAGAUGAUCGUCACACUUGCUCUUCUAAUUCCGUUUCGAACCGAGGUGGAGCCUUUUUCCAUUAGCAAGUUGCGAAAGUGGAUUCCCGUUGCAGGACUCUUCGCAGUGAUGCUGUACACCAGUAUGAAAAGUUUUGUGUACGCAAAUCUAUCUACUGUUCUUACGUUUCGCAACCUUGGGUCUAUCGUGACAACUGUGGCGGAGUACUACGUGCUUGGAGAAGGUGUGAACACGGAAAUCAUUCUCUCACAGCUUGUUAUAUUCCUGGGAGCGGUUAUCUACGGUGGUGCUAACUCAACCUUUACAAUGAUUGGACUGUUCUGGAUGAUUGUUAACGUUGUCGCACAAGGUUGUUACGGGAUUCUUGUAAAGCAUAUGACGAGCAAUGUGGCAGAUUUUUCGUCAUCGACUAAAUACACAUUGGCGUUGUAUAACAAUGCCAUUGCACUACCAAUGGUGUUUGCUCUCUUUCUCGUUGAAGAGGUGUGGCGUGUGAGCUCGCUGUUGCCAAUUGUAACCGCUUUUGGUUGGUUUUGGAUAGGAAUCACGUGCGUGCUUGGCUUCAUGAUCUCAACAUCGGGUUUUGGACUUCAGAAACUUGUUUCCGCAGCCACAUUCAUUGUUAUCAACAAUCUGACAAAGUUCUUCAAUAUUCUCGUGGGCGUUUUCAUCAUGCAUGACCCCAUGGGCCUCAUUGAUGGCACCGGAUGCGUUAUCGCGCUCGCUGCCGGAGGCUGGUAUUCCGCUGCUCGUUACCGCUAUAAAGAGCCUGGUCCAGCUACAGAAAAAAAAGAAGACACGGCAACUGAAGAAGUCAUUAAGGUAUCUGCAUGA